CUAUUUUAAAACUUUUUUUCUUCGAUGAUUCGACAGUGUCCGUCCGCCGCCAGUGCCGCCGCCGCAUCGCCGGACGUGCGUUCGGCGGUGUUAUCACGAGCCGAAUUCUGUGAUAUCAGUCAUAUAUAAGCGUUGACAGCAACUAGUUGACGCUUCUGAAGCGGUCAUGAAGAUGUGGGUCGCGACGAUCGUCGUCGCCGUGUUCGCAGCAGCAGAAGUGGUCAGCGCCAGGAACUUCGACAGCGCCGUCCGUUCCUGCCCUGAGGGCGAGUUUUUCGACAAAGAAGAACGAAUCUGUGAACCAUGCAGUGAAUGCACUGAUUUUCUCUAUGAAAGGGAGCCCUGCUCGAAAUUCAAAGACACCAUAUGUGGUUGGUGUGGUUCUAAGAAGCCACUGAAGAAUUUCGACUACUACAGAAAAUGUACAAAGCAACAAGACGCCUUCGAUGAGGAGAAGUUUGAACGUGAAUUUAAGGCUCGGGUUAUGAGCAGAAUAUUGGAAAAAGGGGAUAAAGAAGAUGUAAGUGGCGAGACUGAUCACGACGAGCACAAAGCGACUGAUCGUCUUCCACCUCUUCCCACUGACGACGAAUAUGAUGACGAGUAUUACGACGAUGACGUUCUCGAUUCAGUCCAUGAAGAUACGCCUUCUUCUGAGGAGGAACUCGAGAGAAAGGAGAUUGUGGAUAGAGAACAACUGAAGAGUUCGGACGACUCCGACGAGUUUGAGGAGGAACUUGAGGAGAAGGCAGAGAGAACUAAGAAACGAGAUUUUGCACCAAUCUCUGGUGAUGAGUUUCUUCGAAGAGAGAGGCUCACUGUCGACAAAGAGACAGAAGAAGAAUUGGAGCAGGACGGUGUUCGCCCUGUAAAUGUAAACGAGGCAAAAAUCGACGAGGAAGACGAUGUUGUUAAUGAAAUGGACGAAUUGCUUGACAGCGAUGGCCAUCGUAUUAACAUUGUCGCCAUUGCAGUGAGGAAGAGAGAGGAACCUGACAAAGCAGAAGACGAAGUUGACCAUAAUGCUUCUAGUUACUCAUCCAUUUGUCAUACGACGGGAUUCUACAUUUACGCCUUUUGUUUGGGCGUUUUAGCUGCAGUUACAGUUAGUCUAAUUAAACGUUACAAACAACCUGUUUACCAUGUACCAAUUAUGAACUUUACCGAGGAGCAACGUGCAAUGAUGCAACGCUGUGCUGAACAAAUGAAGAAUAAGAAGGAAGAUAUGGCAAUAUAUGAGAAUGAUUUGGCUUAUGUUUGA